GACGCUUUCAAAUCAGAUGUUUUGACGUAAACAUAUGUUAAAAUCGGCGUCUCCAGCUGAGUGGUAAAAAAAUAAUGAAACUUUGAUUAAGAAUUCACAAUUCAGCAAUGAACAGUCAAGCGAUGGAAUUAAGUAGCAGUUUAAUCAUUCCCCCUCAUAGGAAUCUUUAUCCUAAACCUUAUGAUAGUAUGAAUUUACUUUACAUUAUUAUGCUAUUACAUGGUAUUGGAAUGCUUAUUCCAUGGAAUGUGUUCAUCAACGCAAAUUCGUAUUUUGUAGAUUAUAAAUUAAACCCAAAUGUAACAGGCACUCAUGAAUACAAGGAAAAUUUUAUUAGUUAUUUAGGAGUAAUAUCUCAAUUACCAAAUGUUAUUUUAAUGGCAUUAAAUUUGUUUGUUCAAUUUGGAUCCUCUACAAAGAAUAUAAACCCUAAAGCUUACCAAACUCAACCCAGAAUACCCAUUUCAAUCAUUAUUAAUGUUAUGAUGUGCAUAGUCACAGUUAUAUUAGCCAUUUUGGACACAUCAACUUGGCCAAAAGCUUUUUUCAUAUUAACCAUGAUAACAGCUGCUAUCACAAAUAGUGCUGCAGGCAUAUAUCAAAGUUCAAUUUUUGGUUUAGCAGGGAGUUUACCAAUGAAAUAUACAAAUGGUGUAAUUAUAGGAAAUAAUGUUUGUGGAACCCUAUUUGCUGUAGUAUAUAUACUAGCAAUAUAUGCAUCUCCAAAUCUAAGAUUAUCAGCUAUAUGGUACUUUAUAUCAGCUCAAUUUGUACUUCUGGCUUGCUUUGAUUCUUAUUUUGCUCUACCUCUUUUAAAAUUUUAUAGAUACCAUCUACGUACUUUGGUAAAGUCCGAGCAAACUGAUGGAGAUGUACAGGAUACCAGCAGAAAAUACAAAUUGAACGAUUAUUAUUCGGUAUUCACAAAGAUAUGGAUACAAUGUUUUGGAGUAUUUUUUUGCGUCUUUGUCACCUUCACCAUAUAUCCGACCCUUCUAGUAAAGAUUGAAAAAAAAGACCCAAAUUUUUUCAUAUCAGAUAAAUACUUUCAGGCUAUUAUCAUCUUCCUCAAUUACAACUUUUUUUCGUUGGUGGGUAACUUGGUAACCGAAAAAUUUAAAAAACCUGGUCCCAAAUCGGUCUGGUUGCCCAUCCUCAUGCGAGUUUUUUUUAUUCCUUUGUUUUUAUUUUGCAAUUACCACCCUGACAUUCGGAAAGUGCCGGUUUUGAUCAAAUAUGACUUUGUUUACGCUAUGCUCUCAAUUUUGUUAGCGGCUUCGCAUGGUUAUUUCCUUUCCCUGACGAUGAUGUACGCCCCGAGUUUAGUCGAACCACGUAUGGCGCAAUUGGCGGGAAUGAUGGCUACUCUCUUUAUGAUUAUAGGCCUAUUAUGCGGGUUAAAUUUUGCGUUGCUCGUUUCGAAAUUAUUUUAAGAAAGUGAAUAUAGAAAAUAAAUAAUAUGUCAUGUAUAUUGAAUUUAAGAACUAUAAAUUUUAUGAAUGAAAAUGAUUAAUAACGGGAAUAAAUUCAAUCAAUUAUACUUAGCAGUCAUAUUCAAAAAUGAUCCCGGAAAUAUUUUUUUUAAUAGCAUAUUUAUAUUAUAUUACACUCUCAGUCAAUUCAUUCAUUCUCUUGAGAAGUCAAAAUCUUAAGAUUAAUAUGUGAUUGAUUUGUAUAAAUUGUUAUUUUAUACGCUUUAAGUAUUAUUUUAUAUUAAUAUAGAUUGUUUUUUGGAUAUAUUAUAUCUAUAAAAAAGUAACAAAUAAAGUGAUAAAUUUUUAUGUUAAAUUGUUUAAUUUAGUUGUAUUUUAUCCUUUGGAAGAUUUGAUUUUCUUCUGUUAAUAAAUAAAUUAAAUAUAACCUCUCAAUACAUUCAUCUAAAAUAAAUUUUAUAUUUUAACUAUUUUAUUCCAAAAAUGUAUUAUUUAAAAAAUACACAUUUAUACAAAUAAAAACAUCGCAAUUUUUAAUUAUCAAUAUAAUUUGAUUGUACCUUAUUAUAAUAUAGUUUCAGGAAUGUUUGAGAAAUUUUAUCAUAUUAUUUUACAAUAUAGUCAGUUCUUCUGCAUUAUUUAUGAUUAUUUAUUUUUUUUUGAAAUCAAAUUUAUAUAAAAUUGAGUAUUUUUUUUCCACAAAAUUAUAUGACCAAUUUUUUUUUAAAAAUAGUAAUUAAUUAUGUCCAAUUUGUUUAAAAUAUAUAUAAAGUUCUAUAAAAUAAUGUAUUAGAAAUUAUUUUUCUACAAAGUUUUAUAAUGAUUUUUCUAGUCUAAUAAUAUUCUUAUGUUUUUUCCUUAUAA